AUGACCACACGUUCAGUUGAGAUUUCCACUCGAUACAGAGUAGGUGACUCGACUGAGUCGCUCGCAGCCACGGUGGCGGCGGGGGUCUCCCUGGCCGUGGAGGCCGGGCUCCCAGUGGAUCCGGCCGGCCCUGGCUCCCCGGGUGGACACAGCUCCCACGGCGUCCCUCGCGAGCCUGGGGGGGUCCCCAGUGACUCGGGUGCCACCGAGGCCUCCAGUGGUCCUCUGAGCUCCAAUAAUGUCUCCACUUGCGAUGGGUACGGUGGAGCCUCCGGAGGAAGCCUCAACGGCCACGGUGGAGGUCACGGUGGAGGCCACGUCGGAGACUCCGGAGGAAGCCUCAACGGCCACGGUGGAGGUCACGGUGGAGGUCACAACGGCGCCGGCGGGGUACCCGGCGGCCGUCUGAUCGGUCGGGACGGCUCCUGCCACCUGCGCUGGGCUCCGCGGGGUCCUCGUGCCGCGCUGCGCCGCCUCGGGGACGUGUGGACCUCGCUGCUCGAGCUGCGCUGGGGCCUCAUGCUGCUCACGUUCGGCGCUACCUUCGCGCUCUCGUGGUUGCUCUUCGGCCUCGCCUGGUACGCACUGGCCGUGCUGCACGGCGACCUGGGCCCCGGCAAGGAGGCGUCCUCGGGCCCCGUGUGCGUGCAGAAGCUCACGGGGCUGCUGGCUGCCUUCUUGUUCGCCCUGGAGAGCCAGCUGACCAUCGGCUACGGGGCCAUGUACCCCGACCCCGAGGCGUGCCCCGCGGCAGCCGCGCUGCUGAGCGCGCACAUGGUGCUGGGCCUCAUGCUGGACGCGCUCAUGACCGGAGCGUUCGUGGCCAAGAUCGCGCGGCCCAAGCUGCGCGCCGGCACCAUCCGCUUCAGCAGCGCGGCGGUGGUGUGGGGGGGCCGCGGGGAUCAGCGCCGCCGCCGCCUCCUCGCGUUCCGCGUCGCCAACCUGCGCCCGUCGGCCCUGCUGGACGUGACGGUGUCGGCCGUGCUCUACCGCUCGCGGCCGGGCCGCCCGCUCCGCCAGAGCGCCGUCGACUUUCAGCUGGACCGCCUGGGGCCCCGGCCCUGCCCCUACUUCCUCUUCCCGCUGACCUUCCACCACGAGCUGAGCCCCGACAGCCCCCUGCUGCCGUUGCUGCGAGAGCGGAGGUGGCCGGACGAGCACGUGGAGCUCGCCGUGUUCCUGCAGGCCACCUGCGAGGGCUCGGGCACCGUCUGCCGUCAGAGGACCUCGUACCUGAGGUCGGAGGUCCUGGCCGAUCGGCUGUUCGCGCCGAUCGGCGUGGAUGUGGAGCGCGGCGUCAUGGACCUGUCUUUGUUCGACGUGACGGUGGCGGAGGAAGAGAGCGGCGUCUAGGGGCGAUGACACGAGUCGACGCGGUGGGGGGGGGGGGGGGGACUCGCACCGCAUGAUCUGGCUAAGAAUCCAAUCGCCUCCGCCAUCAUCGCCGCCAUCAGUGUGAGAAGCUGCUGGCACACGCGGCCAAAGUCUGUCAUCUCUCAUCGCUUGCAAGUCAGCGGUUCUCUGCUAAAGAACUGGCCCGAAGUGAAGCACUAACUGCCUACAAGUGCCAUUUUUUGUUUACCGUGUGUGUUGCUUAAAUUAAUGAACUGUAGGUUUCGUCGCGAGUGACGGUGUGCCGUGUGCCCACGUACGAUCGUGGCACCUGCGGCUUGCCCUGCAAUGUAAUUAAAGUCUAGAGUGUUGUCCAUCCCAACCUUGCUGCUUCCUCGCGUCGUGCAGAGCCAUCUUGCUGCCGAUCCACUCUCGAGCAGGGAUUUUCCAGGGCCACAUAAAAAAACUGACGUGCUGGUGGGUCAUGUAACGUGCUUGUGACCACGAAUCUGGAUGUCUACAGCUCUCCAAUUUCUACCUCUUAUUCAUCUCUCAUCUCACCGGCCUGUAUCUUGUCUCCAGGUAUCUCUCCUCUCACUAAUCUACCACUUCAUGUUUCGAUGGGCCAUACCUCAGAGGUCACACUGGGUUGGCCACGUGGCUUUUCAGCGGCCUCUCAGCGGCCUCUCGUCCUCCUGCACCUCUGUAUGUGACGAUCCGAGCAGGCGACCGGCUCAUUCACCUGCAGUGCCAACCCCGUCGGGACGGGGCGUUUCUGGUUCUUCCAAGCAGCGCGUGCAGGGCCUGUCGAACCCCUGGGAUCCACGUGUAGCACCGCGGCUGAUGGGGAAGUGAGGCAGACCUGGGAUGAAGCUCAAACCCGACCCAGAGCGGUUGAAAAGGAAUCACGAGACACCCGGCUCUCGCCAGUCGUUUCCGGUACCCAUAGAGCAAUAUUGAUAAACAUUUAUUUUUUUACAUACAAAAAAUUAUAUUCAAAUAUUUUCUUUAACGCUCACCAAGACCACAACCAUCGCAGCCAUCCACGAUACACGCACACCAGUGGGGGCACCGAUGAACCUUUACAGCGCACGGUCAUCUCGCCUUGCGCACGCUCGAUCCGGCCCGCUCGCGAGGAGCCGCUCACCCGGCGUGGCGCCGGGUGCGAGGUGACGCGCGCAUCGCAGUGGUCGAGCGGACGGGCUGCGCAUUCUCGAGACUGGGACACCUAAACCGGGACGCUGUUAAAACGCGCAAGCCCCUCAAUCAGGACCCCUCCAACCGGGAUACACCCGGCACAGAAUAUAAA